AUGAGCCUAGGCGAGCGCGCCGGUGGUGGCGGCAGCGGCGACGACGCGCAGAAGAGCAGCCCCGCUGGGAGCGGAGGCGGAGGGCGCCCCGCGACGACCGCCGGGUCGCGGGCGGUGAGCGCGUUGUGCCUGCUGCUCUCCGUGGGCUCGGCGGCCGCCUGCCUGCUGCUGGGCGCCCAGGCAGCCGCGCUGCAGGGCCGGGUGUCGGCACUCGAGGAAGAGCGGGAGCUCCUGCGGCGCUCGGGGCCGCCGGGCACUCUGGACGCCUGGGCCGAGCCGCACCUGGAGCGCCUGCUGCGCGAGAAGUUGGAUGGACUUGUCAAGCUCCGGACUGUGCGGGAGGCUCCAUCUGAGUGCAUCUGCCCCCCAGGUGCCCCUGGACGGCGUGGCAAGCCCGGAAGAAGAGGCGACCCUGGUCCUCCAGGGCAAUCAGGACGAGAUGGCUACCCGGGACCCCUGGGUCUGGAUGGCAAGCCCGGACUUCCAGGCCCCAAAGGGGAAAAGGGUGCACCAGGAGACUUUGGCCCCCGGGGGGAUCAAGGGCAAGAUGGAGCUACUGGGCCUCCAGGGCCCCCUGGACCACCUGGGGCCCGUGGCCCUCCUGGCGACACUGGGAAAGAUGGCCCCAAGGGACUUCAAGGCCCAGUGGGUCCCAAAGGAGAGCCUGGACAAGAUGGAGAGAUGGGCCCUGAGGGACCCCCAGGGUCCAAGGGUGAGCCUGGCAUUCCUGGAAAGAAGGGGGAUGAUGGGAUACCCAGCCAGCCAGGGCUCCCUGGGCCCCCAGGGCCCAAGGGUGAGCCAGGGAAUGUUGGGCCCCAAGGAGAGAACGGCAUGGACGGUGCCCCAGGACCUAAGGGGGAGCCUGGCCACCGAGGCACAGACGGAGCUGCAGGGCCCCGGGGACCCCCAGGCCUCAAGGGCGAGCAAGGAGACACUGUGGUGAUCGACUAUGACGGCAGGAUCCUGGAUGCCCUUAAGGGUCCUCCUGGGCCACAGGGAGCCCCAGGGCCACCAGGGAUCCCUGGAGCCAAGGGUGAGCUUGGAUUGCCUGGUGCCCCAGGAAUCGAUGGAGAGAAGGGACCCAAAGGACCAAAAGGAGACCCAGGAGAGCCUGGGCCAGUUGGACCCAAAGGGGAAGCAGGCGAGAUGGGCUUGUCUGGCCUUCCGGGUGCUGACGGCCCCAAGGGAGAGAAGGGAGAGUCAGCAUCUGACAACCUACAGGAGAGCCUGGCCCAGGUCAUAGUGGAGCCAGGCCCCCCCGGGCCGCCUGGACCCCCAGGUCCCAUGGGCCUUCAGGGAAUCCAGGGUCCCAAAGGCUUGGAUGGAGCAAAGGGAGAGAAGGGCACAUCAGGAGAGAGAGGCCCUCAUGGCCUGCCUGGGCCAGUUGGCCCACCAGGCCUUAUUGGGCUGCCGGGAACCAAAGGAGAGAAGGGCAGACCCGGGGAGCCAGGACUAGAUGGUUUCCCUGGACCCCGGGGAGAAAAAGGCGACAAGAGUGAACGUGGAGAGAAGGGGGAGCGAGGUGUUCCAGGCCGAAAAGGAGUGAAGGGCCAGAAGGGAGAGCCGGGACCACCAGGACUAGACCAGCCAUGUCCUGUGGGCCCUGAUGGGUUGCCAGUGCCUGGAUGCUGGCAUAAGUGAUCCUCAGGUCCAGCUCACAACUUGUACAGAUCCGUGUGGACAUUUUUAAUUUUUGUAAAAACAAAACAGUAAUAUAUUGAUCUUCUUUCAUG